AAUAUAUUUUAUUUCACUGUAGCUUAUUGCACCAGUGUAGCAGUGCAGUUGAAAAGAAUAGACGACUUGUCUGGCGCCGAGAGUACAAUCGCCGAACCAUUAUUCCGCCAAACGCGAAUCGGUCUGCAGGUAUUGCGUCAGUAUACGUUAGCCGGCAUCUUGUAAAGCAUUUUCGCUAUCCAAAGUGAUAAACGAUAGACAAAAUGGAUAACGACUUACCAUAUCGAGUCGAAUAUGCAAAAAGCGAUCGUUCUAGUUGUCAAGCAUGCAAAAAAUCAAUCAGUAAAUUGAGUUUAAGACUUGCAACUGUUGUUCAGAGUCCAGUUCACGAUGGCAAGAUACCUAGAUGGUAUCAUGCCAACUGUUUUUUUCUAAAACAAAGACCAAAGUCUACUGCUGAUAUAGAUUGUUUUGAUCAGAUUCGUAACGAAGAUCAAGAACAAAUAAAAAAGAAACUUGAGGAAGCUCUUAAAGCACCUCCUGUUUCUGGAAAAGGAAAGAAAAGAGCAAAUGCUGCAAAAAGUGGCUCUGGCGAUUUCAAAGUAGAAUAUGCCAAGUCUAAUAAGUCUACUUGCAAAGGAUGUGAAGAAAAGAUAAUAAAGGGUGAAACAAGAAUAUCAAAAAAAGAUUUUGAAAGUGCUGAAGCUAGAAAAUACGGUGGUAUAGACAGGUGGUAUCAUGUGGAAUGUUUUGCAAAAUUGAGGGCAGAGUUAGAAUAUUAUGGAAAAGGAGAUGAACUUUCAGGUAUAAACACUCUCUCCAAAGAAGAUCAAAAAAGCCUCAAAACUGCAUUAUUUAAAAUUAAUCAAGAUGACAUCCCACCUCCUGUAAAAAAAAUUAAAAACGAACCAGAAGACACUGAAAAAGAGGAAUUGAGAAAAAAACAGAAUGAUGAACUGUAUGCUGUACAAGAUCAAAUAUCGAUUCUUGACAAAAAGGAAUUGAUCGCGAUAUUAGAAAAAAAUCAUCAACAAGUUCCAUCUGGUACAUCAAAUAUCUUGAACCUUGUGUCUGAUAUAUUAUAUUUUGGAGCUUUGGAUCCCUGUCCACAGUGUAAAGGACAACUCCUAUAUAAUUCUGGUUUGGGUUACAAAUGCACCGGCAAUGUAACAGAGUGGACUAAAUGCGAGUAUGUUACGCAAGAGCCAAAAAGAAAGAAGUGUGAAAUACCAAGCGACCUAAAGAAAAAUUUCCCAAUUAAAUCGUACAAAUCUAAAGUAAAAAAACGACAGUUUCAAGUUACAGCACCAUCCUCUUCGAGCUCUGUGAAGAAGGAACAGGAUGAUGUAGAUGGACCAAAAGUGCAAGGAAAGCCGCGUCCUUUGAAGAACAUGCAGUUCGUUAUUUUGGGUCGCAUAGAAAAGGAUAAGGAGGAAUUAAAGAGGGAAAUUUUACUGUUAGGUGGUACCGUUGGAACGAAAAUUCACAAAGAUCUAACCGCAAUAAUAUCUACUUCGAAAGAAGUGGAGAAAAUGAGCAAAAGAAUGGAGGACGUUCAGUCGCUCGACAUUCAAGUUAUAACGGAAGAUUUUGUGGAAGAAGCGAAAGAGUACACGGAAGCGCCCAUUAUGCUUUUAAAGAAAAAAACCAUCUCGAGCUGGGGUGGUGAUAUAAAUGCUAGAAUUUCUAAUGUCGCGAAAUCCAACGCUUCCAAAAGCAAGAGCAAAUUUGAAAAAUCCGGCAAAGUGAAAUUACGAAUAAAAGGUGGUGGUGCUGUUGACCCUGACAGCGGCAUGGACGAUUGCACACAUAUUUAUCAAAGAGGCAAAGACAAAUAUGACAUAACAUUAGGGCUGACGGAUAUACAAUCCAAGAAAAACAGUUACUAUAAAAUGCAAAUUUUGAAACACGAUCAGCAUAGUAGAUAUUACUUGUUCAGAAGUUGGGGUCGAAUUGGCACUACAAUUGGCGGCAAUAAACUGGAUUCAUUGUCUUCAGAAGAAUGUAUUGAGCAAUUCGAAGCGUUGUUCGAGGAGAAGACAGGUAAUCAGUGGAAGACUAGAGAACACUUCGUUAAAGUACCGAACCGGAUGUAUCCAAUCGAAUUAGAUCACGGAGACGAGGAGAUUGCCUCUUUAGAUUCAGACAUUAAGAGCAACUUGCAAAAGCCUAUUCAAGAUUUAAUGCGCCUUAUUUUCGAUGUAGCUAAUAUGAAGAAAGUUAUGUUGGAGUUCGAGAUAGAUAUGGACAAGAUGCCACUCGGGAAACUGUCCAAGAAGCAGAUCGAAGAGGCAUAUGCGGUCUUAACAGUAUUGCAAAAUGAACUUAAGAAGGAGAGCGGUAAUACAGAGCGUAUCAAGUUGAUUGACGCUUCCAACAAAUUUUACACUCUGAUACCUCACAAUUGCGGAGUCUCUGAUCUGAAGCCUCUCGAGACGCUGGAGGAGAUCAAGAAUAAGUGCGAUAUGUUAGACGCGCUGCUCGAGAUGGAGAUUGCCUACAAUCUUUUACGCGACAAGACCGACGCGAAGGAGAACCCGCUCGAUAAUCACUACAAGCAACUCAAGACGGAGAUCGACGUGUUGGAUAAGAAGAGCGAAGAGUUCAAGAUGAUAGAACAAUAUGUCAAGAACACGCACGCGACGACUCACACGCAAUACGAGCUUGAGAUUGAGGAUGUGUUCGUGGUCAAGAGACAAGGCGAGGAACAGCGGUACAAGCCUUUCAAGAAAUUGUCGAAUAGAAAACUACUCUGGCACGGCUCCAGGACCACGAAUUUCGCGGGAAUAUUGUCCCAAGGUUUGCGUAUCGCGCCACCGGAAGCGCCCGUUACCGGUUAUAUGUUCGGCAAGGGUAUUUAUUUUGCCGACAUGGUGUCCAAAUCCGCGAAUUAUUGCUGUACGAACAGCGCGAAUUCCACUGGACUGUUGCUACUUUGUGAGGUCGCCUUGGGAAAUAUGUACGAGAGAUAUCAAGCAGACUAUAUCGAAAAGCUGCCAAAGGGUAAACACUCGACGAUCGGUCGCGGUCAGACACAACCCAACCCCGAGAAUGUCUACAAGACUAAGGACGGCGUCGAAGUGCCUUAUGGCAUGGCAGCACCUACUAAUGUUAAGAAAUCAGCAUUAUUGUACAACGAGUACAUCGUAUACGACGUUGCUCAGGUAAAAGUGCGAUAUUUAUUAAAGAUGAACUUCAAGUACAAAUAUUAAUUACGAUAUUUGAACAUAAUACAAAACAUAAAUUACAUGGUUGAGUAACCUCAACUCUUCGGAGAUGAGCUUUGACACAUUUCCAAUUUGAGAUAUUUGUUAUGAAUUCCAGUUUCAUGUGUUUUGAGUGUUGUGCUAUAUUUCAUUUUAUUUUUGACAAAAACUUAUUCAUAUAUCGACGAUUUGUUAAACAUACCAAAUAGCUUCUACUACCUCGAAUACUCUACCUGUAAGAUUACACAAUAAAUUUUGCAAUAAAAUUAUGCUUGUUUU